GUCACCUGUGCUAAUCUCGGGCGUUUAUCAGCGAGCGCGACAGAUAAGCGGCGAAUAUAUCGAUUCGACUCACGCAUGCAGAGAUGGCCGGUCGGCGGGCCACGCUGGCCGCCCUCAAGCGGCCGCUCCUCGUCGGAAAACUCGUCUUUUUGGCUCUGGUGGGCAGCGUUCUGGGCCUUCACACGCAGGUGUAUCCUUGGGUGUUCGACGUUGGCGGCCACCACCACGUGCUCCUGGUGCACGUGGCCGGCGGGGUGGCCGCCGCCCUCGCUUCAAUGGCCGCCGUUGGCCACCUCUUGCUGCAGCCACUGCCGCUUCUGCUCGAGGCCUCUUUCGACGUGGUGAGCGCGGCGCUGCUGUCAGGUGGCGGCGGCGUGCUGCUGUCGGCGUGGGGCCAGCUGCUCAACGACAACAGCACCGUGGCGACGCACUUCGUGCUGCCCGGCGUCCACACCGUCGGCUUUCUCAACAUCAACAACCUGGCCGCCGCCGGCUUUCUCGCUGUCGGCGCCGCUGUCACUGCCCUGGCGCAGGUCGUCGUCGCCCUGAGAUGCCCGAGGCCCGUGUGAAAAGCCCUUUUCUCGAAAAGAGACGGACUCUUGGGAGUGUGUUGGCUCCGUUAAUGUGUGUUAAAUAGUAUUCAACGACCUGUAUCUAUUGUCAAUUAUUUUAUUAAAUUCGAAAAAUUAUU